UCCUCUGUGGUUCUGAUUACCAAAGAAUGUUUAUAAUCUGGAUUCAAAGUCUCAUGGGAACCAUUGACUCAGCACCAGCCACUGUCAUGACUGAGAAAAGCAUGUCUGAAACGGCUGGGAACUCUGCAUCAAGAAGCAUUGAGGAAUGGAAAGCAGUUUACUACAGUGCAACAGUCUGAUUUCGCAAAUCUUUGCACACUUCAUGCGGUUUCUCUUUCAUCGUUCGAUGCAGCUUCCUGUCCACACUGAAGAUUUUCAGCUUUUCUUCCACAACACUCGCUUAUUAUCACUGCAGGAUUAGACUGUGGUUUUGUGAGGGUCUCUUUCACUGCAGCUUUGACAGAUGACCUAUUGAAAUCACUACAGAACUGUCUGCCUGUUGCCAGGGCAACACUAGCUCACUUCUGCUUUUUAUGCGCUCACGUGACUGGCUGUUGACGUCACCGGGGGAGGGACGCUGCCAGAGUUUGGUCCACUCUUGACUGCAUAGGGCUUCGAAGAAUCUUGAGGACUUGUUGAAUUGACACGGUUAGUCUUAGUCUUGGCUGUCUCUUCGCUGUCUGUUACCACUGUCAUCAUCAUCUUCAUCGUCGGCAGGUGUAAAUAGCCGGGUUAUGGACUGUUGAAGGCAGUGGAUUGCAGGGGAAAAAUAAAAAUAGAAAAAGAGCGCUGUCUUGUGAAACUGAAACAUGGGGAAGCAGAACAGCAAGCUCCGCCCUGAGGUGAUGCAGGACCUGCUGGAGAGCACAGACUUUACGGAGCAUGAGAUCCAGGAAUGGUACAAAGGCUUUCUACGGGACUGUCCCAGUGGCAACCUCUCCAUGGAGGAAUUUAAGAAAAUCUACGGAAACUUCUUCCCUUAUGGGGACGCCUCAAAGUUUGCAGAGCACGUGUUCCGUACUUUUGACGCAAAUGGCGACGGCACAAUAGACUUCCGGGAGUUCAUAAUUGCAUUGAGUGUCACGUCACGAGGGAAGCUGGAACAAAAGCUCAAGUGGGCGUUUAGCAUGUAUGAUUUGGAUGGAAAUGGAUACAUCAGCAAGUCGGAGAUGCUUGAGAUUGUGCAGGCGAUUUAUAAGAUGGUGUCAUCAGUGAUGAAGAUGCCAGAGGAUGAGUCCACACCUGAGAAGAGAACAGAGAAGAUCUUCAGACAAAUGGACACCAACCGAGAUGGAAAACUGUCUCUGGAGGAGUUCAUCAAAGGGGCGAAGAGUGACCCAUCCAUCGUGCGUCUGCUACAGUGCGACCCCAGCAGUGCAGGACAGUUCUGAGAACAGCCUCAUGCGUCAACCUUUUAUUUAUUUAUGGGUUUUAAUUUAGUUUUUGAUAUAGUCGCAGCAGGGAAAUGAUGGCGGGUCAGGUGUUUUUUCCAGAGUGGGGCAUCUGGGUCUCAUCAGACUGAGCUUGGCCAGAUCUAGUAAUAGACACACACACACACACAGUUAUUGGCUGUGCUAUCUCUGCAAGAGGCCUGUGAUGGAGUGAAUCGGGGGAACUAGAGCGUUCAUCUGAGCUCCAAUCACUUCCUGAUUAGAAUAGAGCUUUCAAUGUCAUGUGAAAUACAUAGUUUUAUUCUUAUUUUCUCUGAGUAUUAGAUGCAACAGUUUAAGCGUGACCAAGACAGGGAUUUAAGAUAAGUAGAAGAGAAUUCUUUUCUUUUUAAAACCGAUGCCUGAAUCAUUGUUCAAACGUGACAGCAGUGGCAUCACUAGUUUUUUGUCUAAACACCUCAGCC